AUGUCUGAAAUCGACGCCAUCUUCGGCGGGGGCGUCUCUGCCAAAGUCUCGACCCUCGCCGGUCCCUCCAAGCCCAAAUCGAGCAAGAAGAGCUCCGCCUCCCCUUCGGCAGCCGAGGCGGCCAGCUCGAGCAACGGCAAACGCAAGAGGAAAGCAGCUGCCGUCGCUGAGGAUCCCAGUGCAGCAAAGUCUGCUUCAUCGAUGUCCUCAGCUGUGCCGGCAAAGGCUAGUGUAUCGGAGGAGAAGGAGCUCAAGAAGAUGAAGAAAGCUCGUGCUGCACCAGUCACCGUAUUGGAUCCCUCGGCUCGCAUCGAGAGCGAUGUAGGCAAGGGGAGCGCGAAGGAGAAGGGGAAAGGGAAGGCAAAGUCCAAGACUGGGAAAAGCACAGCCUCAAGCGCAGGGGCAGGAGCGGAGGACGACGAGACCGGGUCAUUUACGAAUGGCAGAGGUAAUGGAAGAGGUCGUACAGAGGAAGGUUUCGCCAUCUAUUCCGAGAAUGAGCUCAAGCUGGGCAGAGGAGGGGAUACACCACUGUGUCCAUUCGACUGCGAUUGCUGUGAGUACUGA